GCCGCCAUUUUCCUUGUUUUGUCUCACAACUCGACAAGUGCUUGCUCGCUAGAUUUUGUGUUACUGGCUUUAUCAAUGCAUUAAUUAUCACAUUGUUUUGUUGUAAGUGAUGAUGAUGGUGUCUCAGUAUUGUUAGAUGUAUUAAAAUGAAUUAUGAUAGUCAAGAUAAGAGUAUAAACAGACAUGAUUCUAGAAGCACAUGUUGUUAAUGAGAAGAAAUUCUCUAAUUCUCCCAUGUUAGGGGAGGAUAUUUUUGAUAUGGAUGGGGUAGAGGUUCUGGAGGAGGCAACUAUUCCGGAAGAAGGUAUGGUAUCCAGUGGCAACAGCAACUCCCAGUCUAGUGUAACAGGUGGAUCUUUUUUAUGUGAUCCAUCUUCAUCAAUGUUCACAUAUCGUGGUGAUGUACUUGAUAUGGAUUCUGAUGACUGUAGCUUAAAAUCAUUACAAAAUGAUAUCAUUGCCAGAAGAAACAAAUCCUCAACUGCUCCCUUCAAUGGCAAUUUACCAAGACUUAAAAUAGAAAAAACAUCAAAGGAACCAUUUUUAAAAUAUUUUGGUCUCGUUCCUAAUUCUAAGGAAGUCUGUAUUAUCAAGGAACAUAAGGAUGUAACUGAUAUAGAUUGUGAGAUAAUCGCUGUGGAAGGUCUAGAUCAUAUUGACAAUGUGCAUAUGACAUCACCACGAACACCUCAUUCACUAAUGUCACAGCUGAGUCGCGAUCAUGAAGGUAGUUCACGUAAACGCUUGUUUUCUUUAUCUGGACCAAUUAGUGAUACAGAAAAUCAGAAUGAUGAUAUCCUUCCUAAAACCAGUUUUCAAGGAUCUCUUCUUGGGAUAGAUUUCUCGUCUUUUCUUGGUCAGCGAGUUCGGAAACAUGUGAAAGCGGACUCAUCAAUGCAUGUUAUUAAAAGUGUUGAAUCGUACUGCACUACAACAUGGAUUAAAAAUGAUUUUGUGGAAAAGCUGCGUUUUCGUCAAUCAGACUAUCCUGUGACUUUCAGGAAAAAGAAAAAGGGAAGCAACAGGCAUAGAAGAUGUCAUGAAUACAAGUUUAAUUCUAUGGAAAGACGUGAAUUCAUGAAAGUCGCUAGAACAGGACUCAAUAAGGAAGGUAGGCGGUUGAAGAGAAAGAUGAAAAAGCUUACCGUACGGGUAAAGCGCUUAUCUAAAGACGUUAUUGAAGAAUGGACGAAACCUAAGCCUAUCACCAUCUGGAUAGAUGAUGAUAUCAGCAUAGUUGAGGUAGAACCUCCACCCGGGAUUACUGCCUCUUUUUCAGGUCAGAACUUUCCCAACAGAUUCUACCCCUAUCGACCAGGCCCGGCUACUUACACUUAUAGAAAUGCAUUUCAGCCGAAGAGACUUUGUGAGCCGAGGCCUCAGUAUUUAGUGAAAAAAGUUGAUAAACAAUUAAAUGGUUUCAAAUCGCGAGAGGUUCUUUUCUACCCUUUGAACGAGGAUUCAAAUAAAACUCACUCAUUCCCUAAACAUGCUGUUCACCGAAGCAGAAAUCUUGGUCCAGCAAGUAGAAGAAAACAAAAUUUCUCCCAACUUCGAACCGAAAUGCAAGAUGACAGCAUUUCAAUAAGAAGUCUUUCUUCUGAUGAAGAUGACAAUAUUCUGGAUUCAAACCCAAUUGGUAAACCGAAACCCAAUGGAUCUUUAGACCAAAAGCUUGGUUUUCCAUUUAAUUAUGGAGUAAAUUCUCAUUCUCAUUCUUCGUCCAAUCAGUCUAGUAGUAGUCAGUUUAAAAAAUCUAGCAUUCAUAAUUCCUCUCCCGCGAAACAGUCUAUCCCGAAAGUAGCCACAUGUAUCAGUAGUACUAGUGCUGGACAAUCUCGGCCACAGCAGACUCCAAGCUCAACUCCUUCCCUUAAAGCUAAUAUAAUGAGAGCAGGAACAUCAGGUAACUUGGCUUACAGGCUUCAAAGCAACUUCAAGCCAGAGAGAAAACAAAGUUUUUCCCAAGGAGAUAGGAUUAAUUCUUCAAGUGCUUUAAAUCACAAUGUGAAGUCGCAAGAACUUUACAACUUGCUAGUGUCUAAUAAUAAACAACCCAUAAAUACCUGUACGAAACAACAGCAAGUCAUUGCAAAUAAUUCUACGAAAAGACCUAACUCUGGAUCGUCAAGUCCUUUAACUAUUGCGUCGGUGUACAGUUUAAGUGGUAAGGAUAAUGAAACACCUUUAGCGCGUGUGAAUAUCGAAAUUGGACAGAUUGGUUCUUUGACUGGAGGAUCUAACGAUUCUCCUUUGGUGUUUCCAACUGGAAUUAAAGCAAAUCAGUUUGUAACGAACUCCAUACCGAUUCCACCAUUGCCUCCGAUAAGCAAGACAAAGAUGGCUGAAUAUAUAGUGGAAAGAAACAUUGAUAGUGACACAAAUGAGGUUGUGGAAAUAAUUUGCAUAGAGGAUGAUAGUUAAUUCAUGAUUAUUGCUGUGUCUGAUUUCAAAGACAAUGUCAUGAUCUUAUCACUGUUAAUAUCUUUUAUUCAAUUCUAUGAAUUGUAAAGCUGUGUCAAUAUGUAAAGUGGGAAAUGGUAAUGAGAAUGCUGAAUUUUUAUUAACGACACAAACUAAUCCAUGUAAUUGUACUUAAAACUUGAAUGGUACAACAGCAGACUCUCUUAACUUCUAGUGAUAUUCUUCUGUGUGGUCUAAAAAUCCUUCAUUCAUGUUGAUUAUUCGCAGACUCAAAAGCCAAACAAUGUACAUGAAGUAUCUUGCAGGACACUGUGGGUUAGUCAAACUUAAUCAGCUCAGUCACAUUACAUAUCAAUUAGAAGCGAUUGAUUUCAUUGGCCCACUAAAGCGGUGGACACACUAGCCGAAUCAAUCGGCGUCGAAAUUCGCCUAGUUUGUCCACUGUCAUUCAGCCGAAUGAUUUGCCCGAAUCAAACAGGUUUGAUAUAUUCGGCCGAAUAUUUAUUCGGGCGAAUUAUAUUCGCCUGGUGUGUCCGCUUCGCCGAAGCAUUCAGUCGAAUAUAGAAUUCAUUAGCCAAUCACCACUCAUAUCGAGAAGUCACGUGAUAGAUUGAAGACAUAGACGCGGCCAUGUUUAAUCAUGUGAUGUGAAAGGUGAUGCAAUCGGCAGGUUGAAUCGGGCGAAGCAUUCGGCUAGUGUGUCCACCCAAUCGGCCGAAUAAAAUUCGGCGCCGAUUAAUUCGGCCGAAUGAUUCGGCUAAUGUGUCCACUGCUUUAGUGGUUUAUCUACUAAUCAAAAUAGUCAAUACAUCCUUUGCUGCUUUUAUUUCAUUCUUCUUUUCCUGAUACAUCCAUGACUAUUCAUUAAUAUAAUCCUUAAGUGGAAUUUAGCGAUUGGGAAACACAUUAAAGAUACAUUAUGUAAGAUUUAGAUAAAGAGCUAGCCAUUCUUGCUAUAAUGGUUCACAAAUAGAUCAUGUAAAAUAAAUAAUUUGAAAAUUUCAUUCAAAUUACUCUAUUGCGAGCAAAGAUAUUAGCCUUUGAAGGUUUGACAAGAUGUACAUACAGCUCAAUAAUUUCAACCUCUGUACUGGUUGUUCGAAGCUAAGUCUCACUCCUCCAAUUUUAAAUUAAAUCAAAAUAUGGCUGAACCUUUCUAAUCUACCGGUUUCCUCCCACUGCAAAAGACCCCUGCGCAAGCGAAUUAUUGAAAUAAAAUUAAACCAUAUGUUAGUCCCGAAAUGACCUAGUCUGUGUUGAGUGUACGUUAAACCCCAUUUCUCUCUCUUUCUAAUCUAUAUAAUAUCGGAGAAAUGUGAUGCCAUCGAGAGUUGAUUAUGGCCUGGAUCAGUUAAAGUCUAAUUAAUAAUUUAGAUAACAUUUCAGGUCUAAAGAAAGACCUCCUACAAUAGGCAGAUUUAGCUCUUGCAUAAUGUAUGUUUAAAAGAACACAAUUUGUAUGGGAAACAAUAACUGGUUUUAUUAUAUAAGCACAACUUUUCGACAAGUAUCCUCUUAUUGUGCUUGUUAACGAUAAGAGGAUACUUAUAUAAUAAAACCAGUUAUUCUUUCCCAUAAAAAUUUUGUUCUCGUAAUCAUUAAUAUAUUGCUGCUGCUUCUUAUGGAAAGAAACAUCCCUGGAUCCUUCUACUGUACCAUAACUAUGUGUAGGUUUAAACCAGAACAUUCAUGUCAAUGUUAAAGACUUUUACACUAUUAUUUUAUUAUAAAAAUUUUAAUUUUAUGUAGGUAUAUAAAUUUUCAUAAAUUCAGACAUUUGUCUAUUGUUGAAUAGAUUUUAGAACUUCAUAGAAAUUUCUGGAUUAAACCCCAGGAAGUCUGUCAGUGGUCACAUGACUGUUUAUGUUACCUUUUAUGUUGAUAUUCCCUUCUGUUGUUUUAAAUUAUGUUUUUGUCUUCAGUGCUACAGUAUUAAAUAAUUCAUUUUGUAAUAUAUUUUAAAUAUUUUGUACAUAAACCAGAUUAACUGUGUAUUGUUGUCAAUGGUUACGGUUGUUUUGUUGAAUCAUGCAAGAAUAUUUAAUUCGAAUAAUGUACUUUACCUGGAAUUACUAGUCUGCUCAAAGCUUGAACACCCUCUUACAUGGAAAUAGGCUCUUCCCAAAAGAAUUAUGUUACAUGUAUUACAGACUUCGGGUGAGUUUAUUUUCAUUUUAGGGAUUUGAAGUUAUAUUUCAGGUGUGACGAUAAUCUGUAAAUAAUUGUAUUACAAGUUAUUAAUGGUGCCAGUAAAAUUUAUUUUCGUAUGCAUGUAGAAUUACAAUUAAUAAUGAGUUUUGUAUGUCAGCAGUUACUUUAAUAUAUUUAGUAUUCGCCAGAGUUCUGACACAAUGUAUUGUGUCCUAUAUGCAGUGGCACAUUUCAGCUUCAUGUCUGUUUUGUGUCACACUGAUGAAGAUGACUUCAUUGACAUAUGUCAGAUAAGCCCAUGGAAAGUCACUUUACACUUUCCUUUUAUUUAGAGAGUUCAUUUUAUACGCACACUUAAAAAUAGGGUUGUAUAUUGCUGUCACCCCUGUUCAUCUGCCCACACCAUUUAUCAUCCAAUAAAAUUUUAAAUGUAUUUUUAUUUUUUUUAGAGAGUAUACAAAGAAGCCUUUUUUGAUAAUAACUUUCAGAUUUAUUGGCCUUGAUCUUGAGAGCGAUCUAAAGACAAAAUUUAUCAUAUGAUCUUCUGGGAAUUUAGCUUCUUCAGAGGAAUUUCACCAAUUUCAUUGCUUCCACAGUAAUGACCCUUGUUAACUUGCAGAAUCUUGUGAACACUCUAUCAAUAAAAGUUGUCAUCAGAUUGCUUGAAAUUCCUAUAUAUUGUUAAGGUUGUGAAGGGAAAAUCUUACUUUCAACAUUUUUCUUUAAAUUACUUCUAGUGUUGUUGUCCUUGCUCAUUUUGUAGAAUCUUGUGAAUGCUCUUGCAACAAAUGUUACUCCAUUUGCUUGAAAUUUAUAUACAUUGUUCAGAUUAGUGAAAUGAAGAAUCUUACUGCUCUUCUUCACUUUGUAGAAACUUUUGAAAGUUCUACUUUACGAUCUACUUUAAUUAUGUUCUUUGUUUGGAUGAAUAUCAAUUUUCUUGACAGUUUAUCUUACCAUAUCUUGGCUAUUUAGAUGAUGUACAUGUAUAUUAUAAAUUUUAAGUAGUAUGCAGUAUGCAUCUCUCUUACUAAAACCAUUUUCUCUAUGCAAAUCUCUGCUUUGAUGAUAGGAUUAUGAAAGAAAAAUUGCUACUUGUAUUUUAAAGGUCAACAAAAGCUCUCAGUAAUGUCAUGGAUAAAUAAGGCAUAUUUCAUUGUUAUUAAUCUGAAUCUGGAUUCCAUCAAGAUAAAGAAUUCAUCCUGUUUCCCCCAAAAAAAUUUCAAAUCGAAAUCCAAAAUUAUGAAUCAGCCAGUUGGUGUAGAUUCACUUGUAGAAUCCAUAAAAUUACCGGUAAUUUCUAUUUGGAUUUUAGAUAAUCAGACACGCCCUACAGUUUCUAAUUUAAAAGUUAUAACCUAAGAAUGUAAUAUUCCUACCACAGGGACUGGACAGUGGAUUGUAACACAGGUAUACUAGUGGAUUAUGUACAUCCUCAGGUUCAUUCUGACAAAAAUUGAUGUGUUUGAUCAAAAAGGGAUGUAGUCUGUGGAGCCACGCUCCAUCUUAUUGUGGUCGUUUAAAGCUAAUCGUAUACUAUGCUUUUUUCAUGUAGUAUUCAUUCAGUUUCACUAACCUGACAAUCAUAAAGAAUCAUAUUGGUCUAAUGAACUUCAUAAUUUAAAUCAAAAAGUGUAUGAAAAGGAACUGUUGUCAUGCAAUAUUAUAGUUUGUGAUGGGCUGAAAUACUGGAUCCAAGUUUCAUGAACUAAAAGAAAAAAUGAAUUUAGAAUGUAUAUAAUGUAAAUAAUGACAUUAAUAAAUGUAUUUCAAUUGA